AUGUCGACCUCAGACGCUGAAGAACGGACAAUCCUUUUUGACAAUUCCCAAGAACUAUCAGAAGCCUUUGAGCUCCAGAAUCUCUCCGGAGAUGAGGAUGAGGAUGAAGACGAGGAUUAUUCGGAUAACGACCAGCAAACCUUUUUUCGUAGACCGAGCGAAGUCUUUGAUUUUGACGAUCACAGAAUUCCCUUGUCUCUUUCGGAAACCCAAAAACGACCUAGUCAGUUGAAGAAGGAAGUUGGUUUUAUUAAUGGGUUAACGCUAGUCAUUGGAUUGGUAAUCGGCUCGGGAAUCUUUGCUUCUCCCGGACCGGUGGCUUCGCACGCGGGCUCCGUUGGGAUGUCGCUGGUGGUGUGGUUUGUAUGCGGCGUGUUGGUUUUUACGGGUGCUCUGUCUUAUGCAGAACUGGGUGCUGAAAUACCGCUGUCGGGUGGUGAAUAUGCGUAUUUGAAUCACGCUUAUGGGAGCUUGCCCGCGUUUCUAUAUAGCUGGACGGCAAUUACCUGUUUAAAGCCUGGUAGUAAUGCAAUUAUUGCCACGGUUUUUGCUGAAUAUGUUAACCGUAUAAUCUAUCAUACUGCUUUUGAGAACGAAUCGGAUCAUCCGACAGAGAAGACACAUCAAUGGUUCAACAAGAUAAUGGCAACCAUCUGCAUUAUUGUUGUUUCUUUUAUUAAUGCGUAUUCGGUUAAACUGGCCACUCGGACACAAGACAUCCUCACAGCAUUUAAGCUUGUCGCGUUGGCUGUGAUUACUAUCAUUGGAUUUGUUGUUCUUGGGAAGGGAGGGUUGAAAAAUAAUAUCGAGGGAGGUAUAUUCGAAGGUAGCUCUACAACAGCAGGAGACUACGCAUUAGCGAUUUAUUCAGGGCUCUGGGCAUACGAUGGCUGGAAUAAUUUAAAUUUUGUUGCUGGCGAAAUGAAGAAUCCUGCGCGUGAUUUGCCACGGGUGACAAUGGUCGGUCUUCCAAUAGUGAUUCUUUGCUACUUGCUGACAAAUGUGGCCUACUACGCUGUUCUUCCAUCAUCCGUAGUGACUAAAACGAAUACAAUAGCUUUGGAUUUUGGAAGACAGGUAUUCGGCGGUGCUGGCGGGAUUUUAUUUGCGCUUCUGGUAGCGGCUAGUUGCUUUGGAGCUGCUAAUGGUAGUCUCUUUACUGGCGGCAGAGUGAUAUAUGUUGCCAGCAGAGAAGGUUAUCUGCCUGCGGUAUUUGGAAGGAUUCACUCAAAAUGGAACACGCCAACGAUGGCGUUAGCAUUGCAAGCAGUAUUAACAAUUAUCAUGAUCAUUCCUGGAACAUUUACCACACUCGUUAAUUUUUAUUCGGUAGCUGCAUGGUUGUUUUAUUUUUUGACGACAUUUGGAUUAAUAGUUUUAAGAUGGAGGGAACCAACGCUAAACAGGCCAUAUCGUGUUUGGAUAACAACACCGAUUAUAUUCUGUUUUGUUUCGCUAUUCUUGAUAACAAUGCCGUUUGUUAUGGUGCCAUUGGAAUCAUUAGCCGCUCUUGGCUUUAUAGUAGCGGGCGUUCCAUUGUGGUACAUGCAAGCCAAGUUUAACGAAAUAUGGUCGACGAAAGGUAUCAAACAGUAUCUAGCUUCUUUAUCACAGCGAUUUCACCAAUGGAGAAGUCAUUCACAAUAUCAACAACAACAGCCAGAAACUGUUGAAUUGUCAUAA